GGGGCGUGACAAUGAAGGAUAUCCUCACGGGGAUCUUCGUCCAGUUUGCCAAAUCAGGCGACCCGACACCAGAUCCUCGGGCGGACGUGAAAUGGCCCCAAUGGACACAAGAUGACCCUCGUCACUUUGUGUUCGACUUCCAUCCCCGAUUGUCGCGAAACCUGAUGGACUCCAAGUUUCUCGAUUUCUGGGAACAACUCGCCUCCCAACCGAAGAGACACAGGGAAGAACUUUGAAAUGCCUGGGUAUUUUUUCGUUCAUCAGAUUACGUUUAAUAAAACCUGCUUCUCGGGCCUGA